AUGGGCGAAACGAAAGACAAAGCUGAAGCUGAGACGGAGGAGUUUGAACUCUCAAGUGGUGUUGUUACACCAAUGGACGAGAAUGAGAAAAAGAUUGGCAUUAUCUCUGCAAUUGGAUUGAUUUUCAAUCGUAUGGUCGGUACCGGUAUCUUCUCCACGACAUCCACAAUCUAUGCACUUUCGGGAUCUGUUGGACUAUCGCUUAUUCUUUGGGUUGUUGGAUCCUUGAUUGCAUUGGCGGGUUUGUACGUGUACAUGGAAUUCGGAUCGGCCAUUCGGAAAAACGGUGGUGAAAAGAACUACUUGGAGUACGUGUACACUAAACCAAAGUUUCUUAUUUCGUGUAUGUAUGGUGCAUACGUCUUCUUCUUAGGUUGGGCUGCAGGAAACUCUAUUGUUUUCGGUGAAUAUAUUCUUACCGCUGCCGGAGUUGAAGUCACUAGAUGGAAUGAACGUGGCGUUGGUAUUGCUUGCAUUACAUUUGCAUUUCUAAUUCAUUCCGCGAACAUUAAAGUGGGCAUGUAUCUCCAGAACAUUUUGGGCUUAUUCAAGCUAAUCAUCAUCUUGAUCAUUACUGUGACCGGAUGGGUUGGACUUGCCGGAAAAAUAAGUGGUGCCCCAGGUACAACUAACUUUCACCAUGCAUUCAGUGGUGAAGGAGCCACCGGAUAUGGUGUCGUUACUGCUUUGUACAACAUUAUUUGGUCGUUCAUUGGUUAUUCCAACGCCAACUAUGCCUUGGGUGAGGUGAAGAACCCAGUGAAGACUUUAAAGUUCUCUGGACCAAUCGCUGUGGUCUUCUUGGCAAUAAUAUACAUGCUUGUCAACAUUGCAUACUUCGCAGUUGUGCCGUUAGAACAACUUGCCAGCUCUGGCCAGAUUGUCGCAUCUCUCUUUUUCAAGAUAGCGUUCGGUGUGAAAUCUCAAAAAGCGUUAUCUGUGUUUGUGGCGCUUUCAGCUCUUGGAAACGUGUUGUCUGUGAUAUUCUCUCAAGGUAGAAUUGUCCAACAGUUGGGAAGAGAAGGUAUUCUCCCAUUCUCUUCAUUUUUUGCUACACAAAAACCUUUCAAUACACCCGCUGUGGGCUUGCUCGAGCACUGGGUGAUUUGUGUCAUCACUAUUGUGGCUCCUCCUCCAGGAGAUGCGUACAACUUCAUUCUUAACUUGAUUUCAUACCCAUUGAACAUCGUCAAUCUUUUGGUUGCAAUUGGUCUUCUUUGGCUUCAUUACCAGAACAAAAAGGGAAGACAGACUUGGAAUCCACCAAUCAAAGCAACGAUUCCAGUUACGGCAUUCUUCCUCUUGGCAUCUGCUUACUUGGUGGUGGCACCUUACAUUGCACCUUCUGCGGGUAAUUCGGUCUACGAGCACCUUCCUUAUUAUCUUCAUUGUGUUGUCGGUAUCGGUAUCUUCUGCUUCGGUGCCUUAUACUGGUUGGUUUGGGCACACAUUCUUCCGGCUAUUGGCGGCUACCAUUUACACUCUUCUAAGGAAUUGGAUGAGGACGGCUUCUGGAGGCGUAAGAUCAUCAAAGUUAAGAACGGCGAGGAUGCACCAGAGUCGAGCACCAUCAGCCAGGUCGGAUUUUCCCACACGAAGGAUGAGGUUUAA